CCGAGAAAUCAACUCAGUUCGACUCGGAGUUCGCUCAACGCAGGCGCGGCCGCAUCCAUUGCCUGUUGCAAACAGUAUAAAAUAAAUAAAAUAACAAUGUUCCCAUUACGCCGCGUUGGCAGCAAGAUUCUGGAGCAAUGGAGGGCUCCCGUGGUUGCGGCGAAAGUGCACAAGAAUUACAGCUCGGAUGUGGUCACUCCUCAACCGUUGUCCGUGUUGACCGAAGACGAACUCGCCAUGAAAGAUACAAUCAGAAAACUGGCAACAGAACAGAUUGCUCCUCUGGUCAAGAAAAUGGAAGACGAACACCGCAUCGAUGACAGCAUCAGGCAACUGCUUUUUGACAAUGGCUUAAUGGGUAUCGAGACCCCCACUGAAUACUCUGGCUCCGGCUGUGGGUUCCUCACAAUGAUGCUGGUCGUCGAAGAGUUGUCCAGGGUAGACCCUGCGGUAGCUGCCUAUGUGGACAUCCACAACACCCUCGUCAACUCUCUGUUCAUGAAACUUGGUACUGAAGAGCAGAAACAGAAGUACUUGACGAAACUCUGUACUGAAUACGCUGGCAGUUUUUGCCUCACAGAGCCUAGCUCAGGAUCCGACGCGUUUGCCCUGAAGACUGUUGCCAAGAAGGAUGGUGAGCACUACGUCAUCAGCGGUUCCAAGAUGUGGAUCUCCAACUCCGAUGUCGCUGGAGUGUUCCUAGUUAUGGCUAAUGCUGACCCGUCUAAGGGUUACAAAGGUAUCACCUGCUUCAUAGUAGAGCGCGAUACCCCCGGACUGAGUGUUGCCAAGCCUGAGACCAAGCUCGGUAUCCGUGCUUCAGGCACCUGCAUGGUGCACUUUGACAAUGUUAGGGUUCAUGAAAGCAGCAUUCUUGGAGAAUAUGGAAAAGGCUACAAAUACGCAGCCGGUUUCUUGAACGAGGGCCGCAUUGGUAUCGCGUCGCAGAUGAUCGGUCUGUGCCAAGGAUGCAUGGACGCCACCAUUCCUUACACCCUUGAGAGGAAGCAGUUCGGCAAGAGCAUUUACUCAUUCCAGGGUAUCAGCUACCAGAUCGCUCACCUCCAAACUCAACUGGAAGCCGCUCGUCUGCUGACCUACAACGCUGCCAGGCUCAAGGAACAUAACAUGAGCUUCGUCAAGGAAGCUGCCAUGGCUAAAUAUUACGCUUCAGAAAUCGCACAGAAGUUGACAUCAAAGUGCAUCGACUUCAUGGGAGGAGUAGGUUUCACUAGAGAUUUCCCUCAAGAGAAGUUCUUCCGGGAUGCCAAGAUCGGUACCAUCUAUGAAGGAACCAGUAAUAUGCAACUGCAAACGAUUGCCAAGCUGAUUGAGAAGGAGUACAGCCAAUAGAGAUUAUGAAAGAAAAAUAUAAUAUUAUGAAUGAUAUUUUGUACAUAAAAUAAUUUUGAGAACAUCCGAACGAAUAGUACGGGUUACUAUUCAAAUGUUUGCAUUUAUUAAAUUGUGAACUAGUACAUAUACAAUGUUAAAGAGAUUGUAGUUGAUAUUAGUUAAAAAUUAAUUGUAUAAUUAUAUAAGAAUAAUGUCUUCCCUUUUAUACAAAAUCAGAUUUAAUGUAAUUAAAAAUUAUAUAUUUUAUACAAAUUGUAUUCCAAAUAAAAGACUUUUAUAAAC